AUGGGAGCUAUUGGCUUAGCUUUGUUGCUGUUGCUCAUGAUACCCUGCUGCCAGAGUGAGAACCCUCGUGUAUUUGAUUCAACCGUGUAUCAAGCUACAAACAGAGCCUUGCAGAGACAUGUGUUUUACCGGAAGACUGUAUCUUCGCAUGUAAUAUGUGGGCGAGACUGCGCUAUGGAUCCACAGUGUGCAUCAUUCAACUACCAAAUAUUCAACAAAGUGUGUGAAUUCAACAAUAUCACCCGAUCAAACAGCCCUGAGGACUUUGUCGAAUCGCAAGGAAGUGUCUACUACGACGAAAAGGUGAAAACAUUGUCCUUUGUCGUUCCGAAUAUAAAGAAGUAUAGCAGUUGUAUGGAGUUCUAUCAAGCUGGUUACCUCGAUAAUGGCAUUUACACAAUAUACCCUUCAGCUCUGCAUGAUGGUUUAAAGGUUUACUGUGAUAUGGAGACAGAUGGAGCAGGCUGGAUCGUGGUCCAGAGGAGACUCGAUGGUACUGUUGAUUUUUACCGUAACUGGACUGAAUAUCAAUCUGGGUUCGGUGAUCUUCAUAGUGAGUUCUGGUUGGGGAAUGAUAUCAUUCGUGACCUCACUGGAUCGGGUAAAUGGCAACUCAGAGUAAAUAUGGAAGAUUGGCAGUUCAACACAGCUUGGUCUUCGUACGGUGAGUUUGCUGUUAAAUAUGACAACUAUACUCUCCGUGUUGGUUCUUAUGAUGCUAAGAGUACAGCAGGUGAUUCAAUGUCAUAUCAUAAUGGUUACUCAUUCACAACGAAGGAUCAGGACAAUGAUUUAUUUGGUGACAACUGUGCCGACAAUUGGGAAGGAGCCUGGUGGUUUAAAAACUGCUUUCAUGCUCAUCUUAACGGUAAAUACUAUAAACAGGGAGGUGAGACAGUUUUGAACGGAAUACAAUGGUACAGAUGGAAGGGACAUUACUCCCUGAAGAAGUGCAGCAUGGAAAUACGGCAAGUUCUGUAA